AAGCUAGGGAAGUAGGAUCAUCUGUCAGGUGUCGUACUGCACGCUGAUUCGCAUCUCUCUGUCAGUAUCAGUCCGAGACGACCAGCAGCAAGGCAGCGCUAUGGCCGCAUUCAACACCUCAAACGGGAGACCCUUCCACAUCAUCAUCUUCGGCGCUACGGGUUUUACGGGACAGUUUGUGGUGGAGGAGGUGGCACGGACUGCUUCCGAGGGUCCGAAGGGGAAUCUGAAGUGGGCCAUAGCCGGGAGGAGCAGACCCAAACUGGAAAAAGUUCUGGAGCAGGCCGCCGGAGCUCUCAGUAAGCCAGAGCUGCAGUCAGAAGUAUCUAUCAUCGUGGCAGAUGUCAAUGAACCGGACUCAUUGGCUUCCAUGUGCAAACAGGCAGUCAUUGUGCUGAACUGUGUGGGACCUUAUCGAUUCUUUGGUGAACCUAUUGUCAAGGCAUGCGUCGAGAAUGGAGCACACACUAUCGAUAUCUCCGGGGAACCACAGUUCCUGGAGAGUAUGCAGUUAAACUACCAUGACCAGGCUGCUGAAAAGGGGCUUUACAUUGUGGGAAGCUGUGGUUUUGACUCCAUUCCUGCAGACAUGGGUGUUGUUUACACCAGGGACCAGUUUAAGGGGACACUAACAGCCGUGGAGAGCUUUUUGACUGCGAGCUUCGGGCCAGAGGGAGGCUGCAUCCACGAUGGCACCUGGCAGUCAGCCAUUUACGGCUUGGCAGAUGGCUACAAGUUGCGCAGCCUCAGAAAGAAGUUUGGUCACAAGCCUCUUCCAGUGGUGGGGGCUAGAAUUAAAAGGAGGGGUGCACUAUUUUUUAGUAACGAGGUGCAGCAAUAUGCAAUUCCCUUUAUGGGUGCUGACCCAUCAGUGGUGAAGAGGACCCAGCGCUAUUUACAUGAAGAACUUCAUGAGUCUCCGGUUCAGUAUGGAGCGUAUGCCGGUAUUGGUGGCAUUUCCAGUGUUUUUAAACUCCUCUUUGCUGGAUUGAUGUUCUGGUUCCUUGUGAAGUUCAGCUUUGGCAGAAAUCUCCUUGUUAAGUUUCCAGAGUUUUUCUCAUUCGGCUUCUUUUCCAAAGAGGGUCCAACUAGAAAACAGAUGGAGGGUUCUUCUUUCCGCUUUGCCUUUUUUGGAGAAGGUUACAAUGACGGUCAGGACCCCACUGAGGGCAAACCCAACGCUAAGAUUCGGACUCUAGUCCAAGGACCAGAGGCUGGAUAUGUUGCCACCCCAAUUGCUAUGGUUCAAGCAGCCAUAACCAUGCUAAAUGAAUCUGAUUCCCUUCCUAAAACGGGCGGUGUGUACACUCCAGGAGCUACGUUCGCCAAAACCACCCUCAUCGACCGCCUCAAUAAACACGGCAUCCAGUUCUCUGUGCUCUAAGUGAGAUUAAGAGUUCAACUGGCCUGGCACUAACAUCAAUCUUCUGAAACAUUUAUUAAUUUUCUUGCUCAAACGUAGAGAAAUCUGUUGUUAUGUGUAGCUUCUGCCGCUCACUUGCAGUGUUUUCCAGUGGAAAGUCCUGGCUUGCACACAGUAGACUGGGCUGGUUUUACAAGCAUGCACUCUGUUUAAAUGUUUUGAUCACACAUUACCUGUUUUGAGUUGGAAUUGUUGUUUUUUUUCUCCAUACUUAUACAAAUGACAGACAUCUCUAAAAGCACCUUAAAAGAACACCACUGUCAAAUGUAGUUUAAAAAAAUAGUUUUGUAAAAUUUGAUUUAAUAUAAUUUUGAAUUCAACUUGAAAAGUGAGAGAAAGCAAUGUUGUGGAGACCAAUAAAUCUGAGUUUAUUUUCUAAAAGAUUACAGAAUGCUAUUAUCCAGUUUACUGUAAUGACUGGUCCGCUAGAUAAACGUACUGCCUGCUGUUGUGCUGGUUUGUUUCUAACUAAAUAAAGAACAUAUCAAACAA